ACCUUUUAGAUGCUACCACUUGAGCACCCCGACCGCAUCCAAAUCACCUUUGAUGACCACCGCCUGGUCACCAAUCCCGGGCUGAUCCUUCCGGCCACCCUCGCCCAGCGCCUGGGCCUGCCCCAACUGGUUGACCGGCAUCUGGACCUGGGCCGGGCCCCAGGCCGGGCCAACGCCGGCGACAAGCUGAUGACCCUGGUGGCCUCGGCGCUGGCGGGCGGCGACUGCAUUGACGACGCCGAUGCGCUGCGUUCCGGCAGCACCGGGCGGGUGCUGGGAUGUGUGGUCAAGGCGCCCUCCACCCUGGGGACCUUCCUGCGCAGCUUCCGGUGGGGCCACGUCCGCCAGCUGGACCGGGUGGGCCGCGAACUGCUGGCCCGGGCCUGGGCCGCUGGGGCCGGACCCGGUGAGGCACCGUUCACCAUCGACCUGGAUUCCACCAUCUGCGAGACCUACGGGCUGGCCAAGGAGGGCGCCCGCCACCACGGCUACACCGGCCAGCGGGGCUAUCACCCGCUGCUGGCCGUGGCCGCCGGAACCGGCGACGUGCUGAUGUCUCGGCUGCGCGAAGGCCGCGCCAACACCGCUCGGGGCGCCGCCCACUUCCUGCGGGAGACAGUGGGGCGGGUGCGCCACGCCGGGGCCACGGGACAACUCACCAUGCGGGCCGACAGCGGUUUCUACACCCAUUCCAUCGUCGCCCUCUGCCGCAAGAUGAAGGUCCGCUUCUCCAUCACCAUCCGCCAGCGUGCCAGCCUGCGCAAUAUCAUCGAGGCCAUACCUGAGGAUGCCUGGACGCCCAUCCCCUACUGGAUGGAGGGCGCCGCCGAUGUGGCCGAGGCUGAAUACACACCUUUCCGUAACGAGUCCGACGCCGCACCGGUGCGGCUCAUCGUCCGGCGGGUGAAGCCCGCGCCCGGGUCCCAACUGGCCCUCUUCGCCUCCUACAGCUAUCACGGCUUCAUCACCGACCGGGACGGCGAUACCUUGGAACUGGAGGCCGACCAUCGCCGCCACGCCGAGAUCGAGAACGCCAUCCGAGACCUCAAGUACGGCGUGGGGCUCAACCAUCUCCCCUCGGGGCGUUUCGCCGCCAACGGCGCCUGGCUGGCCGUCCAGGUGAUGGCGCACAAUCUGGCCCCGCUGGACGGCGCGCAUCGGUCUCGGUGAGCAACUGGUAACCACCAAGACCCUGCGGCGACGCUUCUUCGCCCUGGCCGGACGGCUCACCCACUCGGCCCGCCACCUCACCCUGCAUCUGCCCAAGCAUUGGCCUUGGGCUGAGCAGGUCACUCUCGCCCUGGCACGGCUGCGAGCCCUGCCACUCCCGUCCUGACGCCGUCGCCGACAAUCGGCGUGCCGACCUCACCCUUCCCCACCAGCCAACCGAAGAUUCCCCAACACCUCGCGCCAGACCGGCCAGCGAGCUUCUCCUGCUGCGUCCUGUCCCUCAGUGAGUGGCUCGACACGACCACCGCAGGCCAUUUACCGACGCCAAAGAUCCAAAAUCUACCAGGACAGUCGCUCCUCCAGGUCCCUUAUCCCCUGCUCCGCCAUCUCUACCACCCCCUUCGGUGGAUUCGGGCUAAGGGGUGAGUUAACCAAACCAACCAAGCUGCGACGCUACCUUCUUUAGGUCUCGCCUAACCAAUCGACACAGCCUGUUGUAUAAUGGCCGCGACUAACCUGAGCAACAGUACAACAUUUCCGGAGGUAUGAUUUAGUGAAGUUACUGGUAAUUAGCGGGGGACGCCACCCCUACGAGGAAUCUACUCCCGUACUCGACAGUUUUCUCAAUGCAGCGGGGCACGACGUGACGGUUACCGAGGAUGCCUCGGUGCUGGCCAACGCCGAAGAGAUGGGCAGCUUUGAUGCCCUGGUGUUCAACACCCGACGGGAGAACAUACCCGACUUUGGGGACUGGGCCUUGGGUCAGGCCGAGAAAGACGGCAUGGCUAACUACAUCAAGUCGGGCAAGGGAUUUGUUUGUAUCCACAUCUCCACGUGCCUGUCCAACACCUGGCCGGAGUACCAUGAGAUUACCGGCGGCGGCUGGAUUACCGGCACCAGCUACCACCCGCCCUACGGCGAGUUUACGGUUAACGUAAGCCAGGCCGGGCACUCCGGCGUGCAGGGCGUGGCCGACUUUUCCACCAACGACGAACUGUACAUGGGCCUGGCCUACGGGGAUGGCAACGACAUCUUCCUGACUGGUGAUUCAGAGGAAGGGACGUGGCCCUGGGGUCCGAACCGGGAUCCCAUGUUCAUGGCCGGCGGCACCUACCCCCUGGCCUGGACUCGCAGCUACGGCGACGGGAAGGUAUUCGUGCUGCUGCUGGGCCACGAUGGCCGCAGCUUUGAGACGCCUGAGUUCCAGAAGAUUGUUUUGAACGGGGUGGACUGGGCUACCGCCUAG